AUGCAUUCUGAAAGGUUUCCCAUCUUUGAUGGAAAUGACUAUCUGUACUGGAAAGAACGAAUGAGAAUCAGAAUUCAAGCUGUCAACUAUGAUCUGUGGCAGAUUGUGGAAGAAGGAUACACCAUUCAGCAACAAGACAACCUGUCCAUCAAUGACAAGGAAAAUCUGCAGUUGGAUGCUCAAGCAAAAGAUAUCAUAUGUGGCAGCCUAUCAAAAGACAUUUUCCUUCGAUUCCACAGGCUCAACACCGCGAAGAAAAUGUGGGAUGCUCUUAACAGUGCUCAUGUAGAUCUCGUUGCCCAAUCUGAUCCUCACAUCAAAAUUCUUCGGGCCAUGUUCACUGGGCUUAGAAGCCUGCGCAAGGAAAGUGUUAUGGAACUCACUGAUCGAUUGUCAACCAAUGUUGAAAGACUACAUCAGCUAGGGGUAACUGAUAUCACUAAUAAAGAUGUAGUCAACAAGCUUCUAAGUGCUCUUGACGAAUCCUUUGAUCUCGUUGUGUCUGAAAUCAAACAAAGAACUGACUAUGAAGAACUACACCAUGUUGAGAUCAUGACGCUGCUGUCAAUCCAUGAAGAAAAGAUGGAGCUGGAAACGGCAAAUCAAGAAUCCUCUUCAGAAGGUAAAGGAGAAAUUCUCUCACAUUACGGCAGUUCUGAAGCAGAAGAAGAUGUUGAAAAUCAACACUCCAUCACUCGAGAACUUGAAAUGCUCACACAAUGA